AUGCCAAAGAACACCAAGGUGACCCAGCGGGAGCACAGCAAUGAGCCCGUCACUGAGUCUGUGGCCGACCUGCUGUCCCUGGAGCACCCCAUGGACUAUAAGAGCAGUCAGAUGAGUAUGGUCCUGAGCCCUGGCUCGACUGCUCCUGUAAAGGCCCUGCUGCCCUCCCCUGACCCAGACGCCGAGGACGGCCGGCCGGCCUGGAACAACAAGCUCCAGUACAUCCUGGCCCAGGUUGGCUUCUCUGUGGGCUUGGGUAACGUCUGGAGGUUUCCCUAUCUUUGCCAAAAGAACGGUGGAGGUGCCUAUCUGGUUCCCUACUCCAUUCUCCUCCUGCUCAUCGGCAUCCCCUUGUUUUUCCUGGAGCUGGCGGUGGGUCAGAGGAUCAGGCGCGGCAGCAUCGGAGUGUGGAACUAUGUCUACCCACAGCUGGGAGGCAUCGGAGUUUCCAGCCUGAUGGUUUGCGGUUUUGUGGGCCUUUAUUAUAACGUGAUUAUCGGCUGGAGCAUCUUCUAUUUCGUCCAGUCCUUCCAGUUUCCACUGCCUUGGGCUGAGUGCCCCAUGGUGAUAAAUGGAACCCAAGCCAUUGUGGAGCCAGAGUGUGAGAAGAGCUCAGCCACCACUUACUUCUGGUACCGACAGACUCUCAACAUAACCAGCUCCAUCGACGACACCGGUGGCCUGAACUGGAAGAUGACCCUGUCCCUGCUGGUGGCCUGGAUCCUGGUCUGCCUGGCUGUCAUCAAGGGCAUCCAGUCCUCUGGGAAGGUGAUGUACUUCAGCUCUCUGUUCCCGUACGUGGUGCUCUUCUGUUUCCUGGUACGAGGUUUGAUGCUGAAAGGAGCAGUGGACGGCAUCGCUCACAUGUUCACCCCCAAGCUGGAAAAGAUGUUGGAGCCGCAGGUGUGGAGAGAAGCAGCCACUCAGGUCUUCUUCGCCCUCGGUCUGGGCUUCGGAGGCGUCAUCGCUUUCUCCAGCUACAACAAGCGAGACAACAACUGCCACUUCGAUGCAUUGCUGGUCUCCAUCAUCAACUUUGUUACGUCCAUCCUGGCCACUUUAGUGGUGUUUGCUGUGCUGGGCUUCAAGGCCAACGUAAUGAACGAGAAGUGUGUCGUCGAGAAUGCAGAGAAGAUCCUGGGCUUCCUAAGCACCGAUGUGCUGAGCAAAGAGCUCAUCCCGCCUCACAUCAACUUCUCCCAUCUGUCUGCCCAGGACUACGAAGAGAUGUACGGCGUCAUUAAGACGGUAAAGGAGGACGGCUUCGACCAGCUGGGCCUGGACGCCUGCCUCCUGGCGGACGAACUCAACAAGGCUGUUCAGGGCACUGGCCUGGCAUUCAUUGCCUUCACAGAAGCCAUGACACAUUUCCCCGCCAGUCCCUUCUGGUCCGUCAUGUUCUUCUUCAUGCUAAUCAACUUGGGGUUAGGAAGCAUGAUCGGCACCAUGACUGGCAUCACCACGCCCAUACUGGAUGCCUUCAAGAUCCGCAAGGAGAUCCUGUGUGUGGCCUGCUGUGUCAUAGCCUUCCUGUUAGGCCUGCUGUUCGUGCAACGUUCAGGGAACUACUUUGUAACCAUGUUUGACGACUACUCAGCUGGUUUGCCUCUAACUGUGGUGGUGAUCCUGGAGAACAUCUCUGUUGCCUGGAUCUAUGGCACUAAGAGGUUCAUGCAGGACCUGGAGGACAUGCUUGGUUUCAGGCCGUACUCUUUCUAUUACUACAUGUGGAUGUACGUUUCUCCAGCUAUCUUGAUCUUGCUCAUCAUCUCCACUGUCAUUGAGAUGGCUGUGAGUCCUGCAGGAUACAACGCCUGGGUGGAGGCCGAGGGCGCGGAGCGUUUCCACAGCUACCCCCCCUGGGCUUUAGGCAUGGCCUAUGCCCUUAUUGUUGCGGCCAUGCUGCCUUUACCCGUCGUUUACAUCGUCCGCCACUUCAACCUGAUCUCAGACGGCUCCAACAAGCUGUCUGUCUCCUACCGUAAAGGCAUGAUGAAGGACAUCUCCAACCUGGAAGAGCAGGACGAGCAGCGCUUCAUCCUCAACAAGAUCGCCAGCGAGACUCCCUCCCCGAUGCCCACCCAACAGGAGAUGACCAACACCAACUACGGCACCAGCACCAAGACGGGCUACCAGAACAUCGGCUCGCCUGAGUCUGAGCUAUGA